AUGAGCGAUGUUAAACUGUCACCACGAUAUGAGAUUCGCCCUCUAGAACUCGAGCAUCUCGAGUGGGCGAAAGCUAUCUUCGCGCACAGCUUUGUCUUCAGCUCGCCCCUAUGGCGCAAUCUCUACCCGCACAACAAGACGGCGCGCUUCUACGGGCUCUACCAAGCAAGCCACUUCCUGAUAAAGCAUCAGAUACGCUCCGGUCUCUCCCUCGGCAUCUUCGAUAGAGAAUACGUCUUCAAGAACCCUUCCUCGGCCUCCCUCGGCGGCGCUCUUCACUUUGACCACAACGACACGAGUGUUGACGAGGACGAAUUACUGCGGCAAAUGGACACGCCUUUGGUGAGCAUAGCGUGCGCCUUCGACGCCUUCUACGCCCUGGAUAAUCGCUUCGUGGCCCCCGUGACGGGCCGCUUGCCUGCGUCGGCGAGCUUUUACGAGGCCUUGGGCAGGAAUGACGACGAUGGCGAUGACCCGUGGCCGACGGCGCCGGGACAGGUCCUGCAGCGCAUGGGCACGGCGACGCGCGCGGACGCCGUCGGGGAGGGAUUCAUGAAGGCCAUGGCCCACGAUAUGAUGCGCCGGGCGGCGGAGAUGGGGUUCAGCCGCAUCCAGAUCGAGUGCUUCCACGACGCCGUCACGGCCGUCUGGGCGAAUCCGCCGCUGCCGUUCAAGGGGGAGGUGGCGCGUGAGGUUGAUACGUAUGCUUUGAAUGAAAUAGAUGCGCAGGGAAGGCGGAGGUUCCCGUUCCGGCCGGUGAGGCAGAGGUUGACGAGGGUGAGUGUUACGCUGAGGUAG